GGCCAUGGCUUGGCUGAAUGGCACACAUGUGCUCUGAGGUGUCCCUGGCACCCUGAGAAGGGUCCCCCUGAGCUCUGUUGGGCACUGAAAACACUCCUGGAGCCAAGCAGGGAGUGGGGUGAGCCAGUAGAGGAGCUGGCCUGUUUCCCCCUCUCAAAUCCAUGCUGGAUUACCUUUCACCUGCCUGGCUGGGGUUUUUUAGAUCCCGAGCCUGAGCGUUGUGUCCCGACAGCAACUGUGGCACCUGGGCCAGGCGUGGGCAAAGCCACGUGGUCUCUGCCAUCCCACACUGGGGCUGAAUCACUGCCCUGGCUGGGAGCAGCCACCCAGGGCUCCACAGCCAGGAGAGGGUUGGUAAAGGGCAUUUCAUACCCAGCAAGAGCCCUGGGCCAGGGCCAGCUCUCCUGUGGGAGGAGGGAUCGCCCCCGGCCAUGGCAGGGGAAGGGCUUGUGCCUGCUUGCACUCACCACAGGAGGCUGGUGGAGAGAGAAGCUUCUCUGAAGCGCUGAGCAGCCAUGGAGAAGAUGCAGCAGAUCGUGGGGCGGGCCAGGGCCGCCUUCCAGUCGGGCCGGAGCCGCCCGCUGGAGUUCAGGAUUCAGCAGCUGAAGGCCCUGGAGAGGAUGGUGCAGGAGAAGGAGAAGGAGAUCCUGGCAGCCCUCAAGGCGGAUCUGAACAAGAGUGGGCCCAACGCCUACAGCCACGAGGUCCUGGGUGUGCUGAGGGAGCUGGGUCUGGCCAUGGAGAAGCUGCCGUCCUGGGCAGCCCCUCACCCUGUGAAAAGGGACCUGCUGACCAUGAGGGACGAGGCCUACAUCGGCUACGAGCCCCUGGGCGUGGUGCUGGUCAUCGGGGCCUGGAACUACCCCUUUGUGCUGGUCAUGCAGCCCCUGAUCGGGGCCAUCGCAGCAGGCAAUGCCGUGGUGGUGAAGCCGUCGGAGGUCAGCGAGAACACGGCUCGGCUGGUGGCUGAGCUCCUCCCACAGUACCUGGACAAGGAUCUGUAUGCUGUGGUCACUGGAGGAGUUCCUGAGACAACCGAGCUGCUGACCCAGAGAUUUGAUCACAUCCUCUACACUGGCAACGCUGCAGUGGGCAAAAUUGUGAUGGCAGCAGCUGCCAAGCACCUGACCCCUGUCACCCUGGAGCUGGGGGGGAAGAGCCCCUGCUACAUCGACAAGGACUGUGACCUGGCUGUCGCCUGCAGGCGGAUAACGUGGGGCAAGUACAUGAACUGUGGGCAAACCUGCAUCGCCCCAGACUACAUCCUGUGUGACCCAUCCAUCCAGAGCAAGGUGGUGGAGAACAUCAAGGCGACUCUGAAGGAAUUCUAUGGGGAGGACGUGAAGUCGUCUCCGGACUAUGAAAGGAUCAUCAACCAGCGUCACUUCAGGAGGGUCAAGAGCCUGCUGGAAGGGCAGAAGAUUGCUCAUGGGGGAGAGACUGAUGAGGCCUCCUGCUUCAUAGCACCAACCAUCCUCACGGAUGUUUCCCCGGAGUCCAAGGUGAUGGAGGAGGAAAUCUUUGGGCCAGUGCUGCCCAUUGUGACUGUGAAGAGCGUGGAGGAAGCCAUUGAGUUCAUCAGCCUUCGGGAGAAGCCCCUAGCCCUGUAUGUGUUCUCCAACAACAAGCAGCUGAUCAGACGGGUGAUAGCAGAGACCUCCAGCGGUGGCAUGACAGCCAACGAUGUCAUGAUGCACUCCCAGCUUCCAGAUCUGCCCUUCGGCGGUGUGGGCCACAGCGGGAUGGGCGCCUACCACGGCUGGUUCACCUUCGAGACCUUCUCCCACCGCCGCGCCUGCCUGAUCAAGGACCUGAGGUGGGAGGUUGUGAACAAACUGAGGUACCCACCUGGCAGCAUGGAGAUGAUGCAUUUGGCCAAGCUCUUCCUGCUGAAGCAGUGUAACAGGAGCAGAGUGGGACACUUCAUCUCGGCCCUGCUGGCGGCUGUGAAAGCCGUGGUGGCAAAGGUGUUGUGCCCCCAGUGAGAGGGGUGAUGGGCAGCCAGCCCUUGGACCCGCUGCUCGCUCCCUGCAGUCCUACUGCUGAACUUUGCUGCAAUUUCAUUUCUUCCAAGGCAGCCAGUACACUGAAGGGGUAGAAGACAAAAAAAAAAAAAAAAAAGCACCUAAAACAGAGACACCCCAAGUUAAAGGCUCCAGCUCCUGCUGAAACAGGAAUCUAUCCAGACCUAGUCCGUGGAUCAUGCCUGAGCAGUGAGUGGCAGAGGGAAGGAAAUAGCAUCCACCCUGCUUUGUAAACAGUAGCUCCUCUAAAAACUCCUGGGGACGUGGGAGUGUUUGUCACAAGGGUAUCUAAACAAAGCCAGUCGUUACUGAGCCUGUUAUCUCUGUAACACCUCACCUGAUCCCCAGAGGAAGCUGCUCAUCACAGCCAUAAUCCUGGGAAAUGAGGGUCUCACUGCAGGGGACAGUCCAGGCUGGUUGUCCCCAGAGCAGAGGGGAAGGAGCCUCGAAGAACCUGCAGCAUCUCAUCCUUGAAGGGCAUCAUGACUGAAUGGGUGAUGCUCCUUGCAGGGAAACCACCUUUAGUCAUCCAAGGUGUGCAAAAGCCACCUGAGCUGUGGCCAUGCUGUCCCAAGGACUUGAGAAGUGCCAGGGACUGUUGUGCUGCUGUAUUUGGGGCUACUGGGGCAAAGACAGGGGCACUGCUGCAACUGGAGUCCCAGGUCUCAGGCAUCCUUGGCCAGAGUGGCAGAGCAGCCACAGCCACCUCCUCUGCACCUGAAUUUCAGGGGUUUAUUAGUUUAUGGAUAGUCUUUUACCUCCAAACUUGUAACUGAGAGCUGCCCUUGACCCUUGCUGAAUAAAACCUUUAUUUUGCUGCGAAGGCCA